AUGUCGAUGAUCAACAAAAAUGAUAUAAGUUUUGAUUUCGAUAUAUCUACUUCUUCAAAUGAAAAUAUUCAACUUAUUAAUCAUCAACAACAACAACAGCAAUUAUCAUUUAACAUCAGUAAUAACAAUAAUAAUAAUAUCAGUAAUGAUAGCUUUAAAUUUGAAUACUCUGAUCUAGAUAUCAAGAUAAAUCAACAAAAAUCACAACUAAAUAAAAAUGAAGAGAAUAAUAAUAAUAAUAAUAAUAGAGACAAUGUUUGCUCAUCGAUUUCAACAUUACCAAGUCAAGAGAGAUCUACACUGCCACACAUGAAUUCAAUGAUGACUAUCGAUCACUAUCGAAAGAGUUAUAACGAUAUACGUCGAUCCAAUAUAUUCUCUUUUGUCGAUCCCCAAUUAGAAUCUGAAACCAGCAAGAUAUUGGCAAAGCAAGCUAAAUUCAAGUGUUUAUUCAGUGCUGCAAGUUAUUUCAAUGAUGAUGAUGAUAAUAAUAAUAAUAAUAAUAAUAAAUCGACAACCACAACGACAACAACAGCAAUAACAUCAGCAACUAAAAACAAUUCAAUAUUAAAAGAUUCAGUUUAUUUAAACCAAGAAUAUAUGAAUAUUGAUAGUGUAGCUGGAUUACCUAUUACCAAUGAUACAGUUAAUUCAGCGACAACGACAACAUCAACCUCGACAACAUCUACAUCAAAAUCAAGUAGUAAAAGAAAAUCAAACGACAGCUCAAAAACUAAAAAGAAAAGACAUCAUGAACCAACUGAUAUACCAGUGCAACAACAUCAUGUUGAACAGAAAUCACCAACUAAAUCAAAAAGGAAAGCAAGUAGAUCUAGUAAUAAUAAUAAUAAUAAUAAUAGGGUAAAAAAGAGGAAGAGUAACAAUACUGACAUUAACAGUCAAACAACUACGACAAUUACAACAAUGUCCACUCAUAUCACUACUACUGACAUGUCAAUCGCAACUGCAACAUCGACCACUACAACUACAAUUCCAAUGAUACCAAAUCUAUUAAAAUUUCAACCAAACAUUAAAGCACAUUCACCACAACUACUACUUCCUCUACCUCAACCUCAGCCUCCGAUUCAACCUAAACUACCAGCACAAAAACAAUUACAAAUAUUACCACCACAACAGAAUCAGAUUGUACAACCAAAACCAUUAGUUUUAAAUUACAGUAAGAAGAAACAGAUCAUACAGAAUGCAAUCAAAGAGAGGAAUGAAGAGUUGGAUACAAGCUUUGAAUCUAGUAAUAGUGGUGGAUGUGGCUCGUUCAACCCCGAAGAUCUUCAAUUUCAUCCAGCAGUCUCAUUUGAUGACUACACCAAUACAAAGAUUAAACAGAGUGUACCAAAUCUUCCAGAUUUUGAUCGUAAUACUCUAGUUGGUUGUAAGCAAUAUGGUUUGGUCAAUCCAGCUGGAUUCAAAUAUGAGAUAAGACACAUCAACGAUCGAAACAUAGAGUGGUUCAGAAAGGUAUGGCCAAUGCAAUUUGAAUACUCUAUAAGUCUGUGUUUCAGUUUGAAGAUGUCUAGUAAUAAUAAUAAUAAUGAUAACAACAAAAAUAACACUACUACAACAUCAACAGCGAAAAUCGAUAUUGAAUUGGUGAUGAACGAUGAAGAGACAUUCUUCUUACCGAAACUGUUUCAUGUAGAAUCAAUCAUUGUCUCUUGGUCACCUGGAUUGGCAGUCUAUCAACUGCCACUUGCUCCGAGUGGAGGUGUUGCCGACUUUAAACAGUCGUUCUACAAUGAUAAUUGGAAAUUGGUUAAACAAGUACUGGAAUACCCAUAUAGCUACAAACAUAUUUGGAAUUCCAAACCACAAUUAAAGAUACUGCUAUCGAAAGGUAUCUCGCUGAAACACCGUUUAAUUGAUCCGAAAAUUGCACUCUGGCUAACUGAUUCCGAUUUACAUAAAGACAAGAAACUGGAAUAUGUUUACAUGGACAAUGCAAAGGGUAGCAAAAAGAUGAUUGGUGCAACUAAAUUUCAUAAUAUUUCAAAGUUGGCAACACGAUCUGGAAGUACAAAUCACUUUGAUCUGGCAUAUCAGGCUUGUUACCAAACAUUGAUACUUUCACAGCGAUUGUUGAAGCAGCUCGAUCCUAGCAGUUUGAAGAUUCUCUUUGAAAUAGAGAUGCCGGUCACUCCGAUAUUGGCGCGUAUGGAAUUCAUUGGUAUUGGAUUUGACGAUGAAAUCUGUCAGAAUACACGUGAGUUGGUACAAAAGAAAAUAGAUUAUCUCAUUUACAAAGCACAUCUGUUGGUGCCAAGAUUGAAAUUGGAUAUGGAAAGUAAGAUACAGAUGUCUGAUGUAAUGUAUAAUUGGUUGAAACUGACCAAGCCAGAUUCACGUACCAAUAAGAAGGUUCUGAAGGAAUCAUACAGUACCAAUGCACACCAUUUGGAAACGAUUUCACAUGAACAUCCAUUUCCAAACAUCCUGAUGGAGUAUCGUAAGUUGUCACAUCAUAUCAACAACUAUGCAGACGAGUUGAGAAAGUAUUGCUAUCGGUCCACCGACAACUCCAUGAGAAUAUAUUCAACUAUUCUCCAAACCAUCGUACCUACAGGCCGUCUUGCUAUGGUAUUUCCCAACCUCCAAUCGAUCGCACAUCCCAUAGAAUUCAAAGUGGCACCAACAUUUACACCGUCACCUCUUUCAAUCGCCAGUAACAGUUCCGAUAUUGAAAUACCAGCGGUUGACUUGGAAAAUCAUUCAUCACAAUAUAAUAAUUUAGUUGCUAUGGAAUCUAAAUGUGAAACACUUUCCAUAAAAAUUAGAGAUUCAUUCUUACCGAAACAAGGUUAUAUAUUUUUAUCAGCUGAUUACUCUCAAAUAGAAUUGAGAAUAUUGGCACAUUUUUCACAAGAUCCAAAACUUUUGGAAAUAUUUAAUAAUUCAACGGUUGAUGUAUUCAAAUUGAUAUCACAUCAAAUGUCAAAGAUACCGCUGGAACAAAUUAAAGAUAGUGAUAGGACGAUUGCCAAACAUUUAUGUUAUGGUAUUCUCUAUGGUAUGGGUAUUGGUAAGUUGGCACAUGAUCUAAAUACCACCAAAGACAAAGCAAAAGCUGCUUUGCUUCGCUUUAAAACAACCUACCAGGUUCUCACAGACUAUCUUACAUCGGUUGGUGAUUCCUGUUUGAAAAAUGGGUUUGUAGAAACUUUUUUUGGGAGGAAACGUUACUUUCGUGAAGUGUUUGAAGUCUACAAAGAUACAAAGGUCACCAACGAGGUGAAAGAGAGUGCCAAGAGAAAAGCGAAAAAUACCAUACCACAAGGAACCGCCGCAGACAUCUCAAAGUUGGCAAUGAUACAAGUCGAUAAGAAGUUGAAUGAAAGAGGUAUUCCCGCUGAAAUUGUUUUACAAGUACAUGAUGAAUUGCUAUUGGAAGUACCUGAAUCACAAUUGGCAGAAGUUGCUCUAAUAGUCAAAGAGUCAAUGGAAAGUGCAGCCAAACUUAGUAUACCAAUACCCAUUAAGAUGAGUAUAGGUAAAUGUUGGGGUUCUUUGCAAUCAUAUGAAUUACCGACAACAACAACUUUGAAUACACAAUACCAUCAACAAUAA